UUAGCUCAGCUAGUAUGAUCGAAAUCCUUUAAAAGCCAGCACGUUGUCAUCGAACCCGCGAUUUAGUCCUUCAAAAGUCAUUUUUUCAUAAAUUUCUUUAUGGUGUCGUAGUGAUACGCGUUAUCUAGAUCCACUGUGAAAAUUUCAACGCGUUUCGGAUAUUUUACACCGGAGAAAUCGUAAGGAAAAGCUAAAAGUAUUUUAACAUUAAUCUGUGUAUGUAGGCGAUGCAACGUUGUCGGUUCUCGGGGGUUUAGAUGUUGCCGCUAUUUUUAACGUGAUGCUAUGCCAUAGCGGCAACUACACGGAGUAAAGCUCGAGACAGUUGAAUGCGCAACUUAAAGGUUCAAAUAGAAAAAAUGGCCAACUUAAGGAAAAAGCCGUGCGUGAAAGAGCUAAAUGCAUACUGUACCUGCAAAUUAUGCCAUGGAUAUUUCAUAGACGCGACUACGUUAAUUGAUUGUCUUCAUACAUUUUGCCGAGGUUGCAUCUUGCGGCACUUUGACAACAGCAAAGCACAAGUCCAAUGUCCCGUGUGUCCGGCUUUGUACAAGAAGAAAUCUCAAUGCUUCCGUUCGGAUAUGCAAAUGCAAGCUCUUGUCUACAAAGUUGUGCCUUAUUUGUACUACAAGGAAAUGCAAAGAAGGGAAGACUUUUAUAGAAGCACAGGAGUAAGAGCAGGAAGCUCUUGCAGUGAUGACAGUGUCAUUGAUAGGGAACGAGAUAUGAUGCACGAAAUGGAAGAACUUGUAUCCCACAAUGUUGGGGACAAAACACAGUACUUCAAUCAGGACGAUUUGAUAUCAUUAUCUCUGGAGUAUUAUCAAGCGCACCUGGACCAUACAAACGUGCUCAACUCAAAAAACAGUACAAAGAGUGAAAGUGCGGAAAACAAACCCCAAUUGAGCAAUCCCGAAAACGGAUUGAUCAAAACUACCUCAAAUAUCAGCGUCGACACAUCAAGUGACUUAAAGUGCGACAGCAAUCAAACAAGUGCUAAAAACAAUGGCAAGGUUUCGGACAAUAUUUCUACCGAUUCGGUUCCUAAAGAGUGCGAUAUUCGGUAUUUACGAUGUCCCGCCGGGAUCAACAUGAAACAUCUACAAAAGUUUUUAAGGAUGAAGUACGGCCUUACGGGAGAUCACAGGGUGGACAUCAUUUAUAAAGGGGAGGUGCUGCAUAGCGACUUCAGCCUGAUGGAUAUUGCAUAUACUUUUCAAUGGGAAAAGAUAAAACCAAUGCGACUAUUCUAUCGGAUCUUCACGCCUUUGAAAAUUCGACCAAUCAAAAUUGUGAACACCGCUUCUCCAACCGGUGAAAAGCAACUUCAAAUUGUUCCUGUAACUUCUAAUAACCAUAUCACCACAAAUCCUCGUGUCGAACCGCUUGGCGAUGCCAGCAAAACCCCUAAAGUUGAAGAAAACCGCGUGGAAACAAUUCAAGUUAAGCAGGUUUUGCCUGCUCGGGAAGAAACGGAAAGAGAGCAGCAAAAUAAAGAAAUUCUGUUGGCAAAUUUACAACUUCAAAGUAAGUCAAAGGCCGUUCAAAAGGCAGAAACUAAAAAGGUGCAAGUACCUGAGAAAAUUGUCAGAGAGUGUAUUUUUGAAUACGAAGAGCCUGACGAGGAGGAGAUAAAAAGAUUUGCUGAAAAGAGAGAUCGAGAAUGGGCGCUGCAGAAAAAAUUAGAAGAAGAAACGAAAGCGGAUAAUGAUGACUUCUUUUUGAAUAAAAAUGCUUAUCCGACCAAAAAGCGAAAAAAGAGCAAACAUUCAAAAAAUGACUCAAAUGGACACAAAGAGAAAAGGCGAAAAACUCACUCAGAUAAAAUUCACGCCGAAAUUACAAAUAACGAUAAAUCUGAUUUGAAAUUAAAAGUGAAGAUAACUACCAAUGGAUAUAAGCAUAAGCACCACAAAAUUGAAAGCGCUGCAGAACAAAUAAACAAAGAAAAGCUGCUUCAAAUGAGACAAGUGAGACAUAAGCACAUGUCCGGUUCGUCAGGAGAUGAGAAGAGUCAACCCGCAAUACCUACGAUUAAACUACCUAAAUCGCAUAUUUCUGAAAGAACGAAAGAAUGCAAAAGUGGUGAACCGGAGCCGAAGCGGAGAAAGGAAAAUCCGGACACGUCCGAAUACACAUUCAGCAAUAGCGACUCUGAGAUUGGUAUCAAACCGAAACUUGAAGGGCAACCAAAAGCUAAAGUUGAACCCAUGAUAGUUAAACCUGUAUCGUCGACAGUUGAACCGUCUUCUGCAGGACCCAGUGUAUCUAAAGCUGUACUGCAGUCAAGCGGAAAUCCCUGCAAAUUAGCAAAGAAAAACUCGUGCUUGAAGAGUACACAGUUUGACUCCGCUGAUCGUCAGAACCAAAAGACAUUUCUUAAAUCAACUGUAUCUAAUUCCGAUAAAUACACCAAAGAUCAGAAAAUCGGCCAGGGCAAGAUGGAAAGCAGUAAAGCAUCGGGGUCAAUGAGUAACAAGGUGCUUCCAAUCGGAAGCAUCACAACAAAUAACAAAACACUGGACAGAAAGAUUGCUAGUUUACAACAAAGGUGCACUAUUGAAUCAAAGACUCCAACAAAAACUGUACAUUUCAGCAGUAAAAGUGAUACUAAAAUAAGUAGCGAAAGCGAGAACAGUAAAAUAGCAACUGCUCAGUAUCCUCCAGGAUUUACGGUGAGCAAAGUUGAAAGUGGAACAAAACGCAAGGCGGAAAGCACUGAGCAAGGCAAGCGGCCGAGCCUUGAAAUCACUUUAAUUCCUCCUAGUACGUCCUCAGCUUCAAAAGCAGCAGAAUCAAAGCCUAUGGCUAAGCGACCCCCACCUGGGACUAUACCGUUGGAGAGAAUAAAGAAUGCGGUUAAUUUAAAGUCCGGCAUCAGUAUAAUUCCGAAAAAAAUCGACAGAACUGACAAUAUUGGGGUUCUUGACCUAUCUAAAUCAGGAAAGUCACCCGAAAACGCUUCUCGUUCGUCACCCAAAACUGAGCCAAUCAAUGGCCUCAAUUCUAUGGUAAACAGGCAAAUUGGAAAUAUGAUUCAAAAACCAGUGGGUUUACCAAACAAAGCAACACCCGAAAACAAAAACGUGCAACUUUCGAAUUUACAAAUGUUAUCCAAAGUAGCAACGGAACAUCCGACAUUGAACAAACCGACUCCCAAUAACCCCAAUAAAACCAAACUGCAACUUCCCAAUUUGCAAACGAUUGGAAAAUUCCCUUCACCAAAUGGCGCUAGGGGUCCUAGCUUACAACGGAUGCUUCCAAAGUUGAAUGGUAUUCAAAAGUUCAGACCGUCAAGUCCACAUAUACGAAACAUACGACCCAAUCAAAAUCAAAACAUCAGGAAUAUUCCCAACCCAAGUCUAUUGCUUAGCCGGAAUCAAAACCUAAGUCAAAAUAGAGUUGUAUCAUCUGCUGGGGUUGUGUCAACCAGCAGUAUUCCCGAGAGAAAAGUGACAACACCAAAGUCUUCUCCAGUACCAGUAACUUCCAGUACCAGUGCUUCGACCACAAAGGAGUUGCCAUCUCUCAAACCUACAGCGUCAGAACAAAAUGUUCCUGAUAUCAAAGAGAUUUCAGUUUAACUCGCUCAGAAUUUCUUACUGCAAAAAUGUGAUAAUUUAGGGUUGGAGGACCGAGGUAAAGUGAAUCACACAAUCGCAAAAUUAGGCUUGUCGGUCAAAUGAUGCUGAUGGGUAGUUAUAUGUAAAUGUAGGUGUUUAUUAUUCAUUUAAAAUGUACGCAUUAGUUUCUAACUACUUCGUCAAAAUGGACCGCUCCACAAACCAAGAUCAUUGCAAUAUUUCUUAAAUUUUAAAAUAGAUUAAAAUGUAAAUAACAAACUCAUUUUGACGAUAAUAUUAACGGCUAGACAUAUUUGUUUUUUUUUUUAUUUAUACAUAUGCAUUAAACAUACAGGUAUGUACAAUGCAUUUCGCAGGGGUGAAUAAAUCACCUAUUCGCGAGUCUGCAAGGUUCCUCUACUACCGAAGGGACUUUCAUUUCAAUCAAUAUUUUCUUACUUGUAACUUAAGACUUUAUGCGACUCGCAUUGUAAAAAACUUCUAAAAACGUCUAAAUCAUGCGUUCCUGUAGAUAUACAGUAUGGUCCUCAACAAAUGGGACAAGAUUCACUGACAUAUAGUCUAAACCAAAAUUUUGCGUUUUAGGAAAACUUGUCUUCUCUGAAAGUUAAUAGUUUCCGAGAUACCGGGUGUCAAAGUGUAAAUACAAUUUUCGUUUAUUUUCGUUGAAUUAGUUGAGGACCACCCCGCACUACAAUUAGACUGUUAAAGCAUUUAGUUCCUCAUUUCACCGACAGUCUUACUAAGUUGUACCUAUUAAACGUUUAAAACGUUUGGUUAUGAUUGAAUUUUGCGUUGUUAAUGUUGAUAAGUUAAUUUUUGUAUAGGUAGGUACUCUUUGUUGUAUAUUUUCGUUAUAAUUUAUCUACGAUUUUAAAGUCUUGUCUUACGAUUUUCUGUUCUGAUAUCAAUACCUCAUUGUUAAUUUUAAUGUACCUAAACAUUUUUUAGAUGUGUAAAAUUUCACAAAUAUAUUGCAUAUAUUUUUAGAAGGGCAGCAAUUAUAAAUACUGCCUACAUAUUCGCUAGGCAUCAUCUUUAGCAUAUAUGGAGAAUCUAUAUAAAAAUAUAAUUUUUAAGUUGCAAGCCCAGUUAUCUAAUAUUUUAUCAGUAAGUAUAAGGAAACGAAUGUUUUAGAUUAUAUAUAAUCUGUAGACAACACUGUAAAUUAUUCUACUUAUUAAAGUCGUCGUGUAA